CUUAUUGGAACCGCCUGCGGUGACGUCAUUGGAUCACGUGAUCGGGGCGGGUGCAGUGAUGAUCGCCGCCCGCCAUUUUGACGAAGAGUGACAGCGUCUGUAUGUGAGGUGAUGUUUUAGUCCAGAUGGGUCAUAGAAGUGGUGUUACCCACCACUUACCAAAACACUCUUCCAAUGUUGGCAACUACUCACAUUGUGUCACCCACAGCGUCUCCUAAUCUACCAGAGUCGAAAAGUAGCACCACCAGCAGUGGUACAAGCACUACAACGUCUGUGAUUACUCAGCAAUCGACCAGCAGCGGACAACAAAGUUCUGAAUCCCAUAGUCUUGAACAUGAGAAGAAAGCAAUUUGUCGGCACCCCCUCUUUCCUUUGAUGGCUCUGUUAUUUGAGAAAUGUGAACGUGCAACUCAAACCCCUGAUUGUCCAGCAGGAGAUAGUUUUGAUGUUGACAUUCAGGCUUUUGUGCAACACCAGGAGAAGGACCGUAAUCCUUUUUUCAGUGAUGACACAGAAUUGGAUAGUUUAAUGGUGAAAGCUAUUCAGGUUUUACGUAUCCAUCUACUGGAGUUGGAGAAAGUGAAUGAGUUGUGCAAGGAUUUCUGCAACCGUUAUAUAACAUGCCUGAAAAGCAAGAUGCAGAGCGAGCACCUCCUGCGCACCGAGGUGCAUUCGCCAACCCCCAAUUUUGAUGGUUCAAUGAGCAGCAGUAGUGGCAGCAACUCAGGAAAUGUCACUCCUUCUCUCAGCACCAGUUCCUCACAGCUAACUCCAACUACAACAGGGCCAUCAUCAGCCACUGGAACCACUGGCAUCACUACCACCACAAGCAGCAGCGGUGGUGGUGGUGGUGGUAGCGGAAGUAGCACCAGCAACCACCACCACCACCACCACCACCAUAGCACCAGUACCACCACCACUACCACCAGCACCACCAGCACCACCACCAAUAAUACUCUAGCUGCAGCUGCUGCUGCUGCUGUUUCACUCCAAGGUCAGUUGCAGAUGCAGCAGCAAGUUGUUGCCUCAAUGGCUGCCAACAAUGUCCUCAUUCAGCAGGGUUUAGCUGCUGCUGCUGUACAACCAGCUGCUCUUUCAAUGGGUUCCUUAGGACAGGGGCAGAUUGUAUCUGGGGGAACUGUGUAUCAAAUGGUGCAAACACCACAAGGUAUUGUUGCACAGCCAAUUCAGAUUCGAACUGCUUCACUUCCUAACCAAGUGGCAAGUGGUUCACCUCUUAUUCAUGGUAGUACCCCUUUGUCACAGAUUGGUGUUGUUGGAACUCCCAACAUCAUCGGACAAAUCCCUGUUACUUCUGCUCCACCAACUCCAGCACCAACCCAGAUCACUCCUAUGGGCAGCCUUGCUCAACUUGGUUCCGAUGAUGAAGAUAUGAUUUGUAAAAGAAAAACUAAAAGAGGAAUCCUGCCUAAGACUGCAACUAAAAUUAUGAGAUCCUGGCUCUUUCAGAAUAUUGUGCACCCAUAUCCUUCAGAAGAUGAAAAAAGACAAAUUGCAGCCCAGACAAACCUAACAUUACUUCAAGUCAACAACUGGUUCAUCAACGCUCGUCGACGUAUAUUGCAGCCGAUGCUGGAUGCCAGCAAUCCUGACCAAGCCAAAGUGAAGAAAAAUAAGCCACCGAAUCGACCUCUUCAAAGGUUCUGGCCUGAAAAUAUUGCCAAUCUACGUCCCCAGAUACCUACGACUCUCGAUGGUAACCUUUCGGGUAGCUCCAGUCCUCUGUCUAUUGGAGAUGCUGAUGGGAUUGGGGAUGCAGCAUCCAAUGAGAGCAGCUCUUUAGCCACAUCAAGCCAGCCGUCCAAUCAAACCAUAGUGCUACCCAAUAUGGAAACAGCAACUUUUGUCAUUAAUGAUGGCCAUAUUGUCAAUGCUUCCACAUCCCUGGACAAAUUCCGUUCUUUGGAUCACAUUGCUGGUCACCCUUCUCUUUCAAACAUCUCGGAAGCAUCCAAGUUCAUUCACAAUAGCAACAUCAAUGCUUCCACCAUCAUGACCACCACAACCACCGCCACCACCACUGCCAUUACAACGUCUUCCAUCAUCAUCAGCAACAACAACACCACCACCACUGCCACCACCACUGCUCCCACCACUAGUCGUGGUGGUAAUAGUGGACUCAGCAGCCACAGCAUUGACAAUAGUAGUAGUAGUAGUAGUAGUAGUAGUAGUAGUAGUAGUAGUAACUCAGCUGGUGCUAAAGCUGGUACUACUACUCACCGAACAAACAAAGAGAUUGACCAAAAUAACACAGGGAAAGACUUAACCGCUUGCAGUAGUAGCAGUAGUAGUAGUAGUAGUAGUAGUAAUUGUGGUAGUGGUAUUGAUGCAAUCAGACAGCAGACUGUCUGUUUGACUGACAACAAUCUACAGGACUCUCCCUUGCUGCAGCAAUGAACAACUCCAAAUAACAAACACAAAUCUUGUGCUUAUAUUUUCACUCUUUGCAAAUGUGAAUUUUUUUUUAUUAUUACU